AUGAAUGUGCUAAAUAGUCUUGAUGCUACUCCAUGUCAGCGUAAAAGAGUAGGGCGUCGUUGGCAGCAUAAGAAAUGUCCAAGGAGCCGAGGUUGGAGUCGGAAGUCAUUGCCGCCUUGCCUUUCCUUGUGGUGGUCCAAGCAUGCCAUUCUCGAUCCGUUUGGGGGAUGGGAGUCUGGUGCGUUGAAGGAACAACUUGGAGUUGGUUAUGGGUCUGAGGAGGAGUGA